AUGUUUGCUUCGCAAAGAUUAGGUUUGAUAAGAUUUGAGGCUGCAUCCCCUGCUGCAUUGGAACUUAAGGUUGGCUUAAUCAAAGAAUGUAAUAGACAUCCAGACGCUGAUAAACUUUACGUCUCUCAAAUAAUAACCUCAGAGGCCGAAGAUGCAACAACACUCACGGUUUGUAGUGGGUUGGUUAAUUUUAUCUCAAGAGAAGAUUUGCUAAAUAAGAAGGUUGUAUUGUUAACUAAUUUGAAACCAUCUAAGAUGAGAGGUAUCAAGUCGGAAGCCAUGAUUUUGGCAUCUGAAGAUUCAGAAGCUACUAAAGUUGAAGUUGUUAACCCACCAAUCUCUAGUGAAUUGGGUGACUUGCUACACUUUAAGCCUUUUAUACCUGAGAAGAAACCAAGCAGAUUGAAAUCAAAAAUCUGGGAAGAGGUUCAAUCCAAAUUAUUUACAGAUUCUGAAGGUAAGGUUGUAUUCAAAAGUGAAGAUCAAGAAUAUAGAUUGUCAGGUUCAAAAAGUGAUGAUUUUGCAUUUGUUGAGACUUUAAGGAACACUAUUGUUCGCUAA